UCUUGCCUCUUUGCCCAAGUCUCCCUUGUGACCUGUUAUAUAUGCGUAUUAGCUAACUAAUCAAUGUUGAACAUAUACUUUAUCUUUCACAAAAAUUAUCACUUGCCACCAAUACAUAAUAUGUCAACAAGCAGUAGAAGAAAGAUAAAACUGAGGAGCUCAGAUGGAAAGAUUUUUGAAGUGGAAGAAGCAGCAGUAAUAAUGCAAUCAGAGACCAUAAAAUCCAUGAUGGAAACUAUUCCAGUUUCAGAGGUCAAUAGUAAGACAUUGUCUUUGGUCAUUGAUUACUGCAACAAACGCUCAGAUCACCACAUUGCUGAGGAUAAAAAAGAUGAUCUUAUUCGAGAUUGGGCUCUUCAUCUCUUCCAAGUUGAUCAACCUGCUUUCUUUGAUCUCAUUCUGGCUGCGCAUUAUCUGAAGAUCAAAACCUUGGAAGAUUUGACAAGCCAAACGGUGGCAGAUAAUAUAAGAGGAAAGUCCCUUGAAGAGAUCAAGCAGACUUUCAACAUCAACAAUCCUUUUAUCUCAAAAACCUCAUUAUGAGGAUGAAAUUCAAGUACAGAGAAUAUUUGAAGAGCAUUGAAGGGAUAUUUAGCUAGUGUUAAUAUUUCUGCUUUAAAUUGUACA